CCCGUGUAAGCACGCCCGACCGUUGUCGCACUGGCACUCGAUCAGUAGACACGAGUUCGGAACCGUAUAACCGAGCUCUGUAUUUUAACCCAAAAUCCGUACGUGGUUAAUUCUUGACUGGUUCCCGGUGCUGGUGUCAGUACACACACCGGAUCGACACCGCCUUCGAGCCUCCUCAGCCUAUUCACGCCGGCAAAGUCAGCACACGGAACCGGACGGAAAAUACGUUGUACGUAGUACGGCCGUUUUACACGAUCGUGUUGGCUAUGUCUCGGCCACGAAGGAAACCGAAUCGGGCCGAAUCGGUUGCCCCGUCGGAACAGCCGGGCCCGUACAAUUGACAAGGACCGACCAGCAAGAAGCGGCCAGACGGACACCGAUGCCCACUGCACACGCUCUCCCCCGUCUGUCAAAAGCUGGAGGAGUAGAUUCACUCGCUCCGAAGCAAGACUAGUUGCAUAAAACGCGGCGAGCGACUGCGCCGACUAACAGCUUCUCCUCCGACCCCGCUGACUAACCGUUCCGCUUGGGGGGAGCGGGCGUGGCGCCGCUUCGCGUGCAACCUUUGGCGCUUUAAUGCACUAUAUCUUUCGCUUCGUUCCUUCAUACGCAAUACUCGCCAAGCGUAUGUAACGCUACCCGUUCAGCGCGCAAGUAAUGCUCCCGGGUACCUCGGACCAUCGGCAUAUAUGGUUACUCCGAUGAUAAUCGAUGCAAAUAUCGACUGAACUCGCAUAUCCGUAAAUACGUAUACAACAAAUCUACGAACAUGACUCUCGUUUUGUACGUAAGCGAGUGUGAUUAUUUUCGUUGUGAAACCAGUUCAGGAAGAAUUAUCGUCGAAAUGAUCGCAGUCGAUGUAUCGACAGUCGGAAUAGAGAAUUUUAACCUGUUCCGCAAAUGAGCUGUAGAACCCUGCGUCCGGCAUGAGAUUUAUUAUCGUAAAUAUGAUAGUCCUUCGAAGGCUUCUUCCAGUAGUUCCUGCUGCCCGAAAACGGCUAGCGUGACAAUCGCUCUGUUUUGACCCCAGGACUUGCGAACCGCGUGCGUUUUGAUUGCCGUGAAUUUCACUUCCUCUUCAAGAUGUUUCAAAUGUUUGUGAUCAAAAAAUGUUUUAUCUUUCGUUAUCGACUUAACUGAAAUUAUAUUCAAAAUGCAGGUAUCGUUACCUCGCAAACAGUAUAUAUCGAUCUUUCGAAUAGCCGGCAAUUUCAGGGUAACCGUAUAGUGUUUGUGAUUAAUAUUCGAAUGCGACUUUACUGAAGAUAACUAAAUUAUUUCGUGGAAAAUCAGUGUAUGUUAAGAAGUGAAGAUUGGCAGAAUAUCUACCAACUGUGCUGUCAAAUGAUUUUUAUACGACUUUGAUAAGGAAAGACAAAAAUAAGUACAGAGUACAAGAAGACCUCCGAAAUAUUUCAUACAGUGAAAAUGGCUGCAAAUGAACCAGGUGUAUCAUCAUAUUCCAGAGAGGACAACAAUUGGAGAAAAGAUUUAAUUUUACAACUUCAAGAAAGAAAUAGAAGGCAAACAUAUUGUUUUGCUGAUCUCAUUAGUUUACAUAACCGGCUCUUUGAAAGUGCAAAUACAUUACGUGGAGAAAAUAUUCAGUUAACUAUAGCAAAUGAAACUUUACGGCGCAAUGCGUACAGCGGGACUCCUUUAUCAGGUGCUAAUGCUGAUCUCGAGGCUCGUCUUUUAAAACAAGCAGAGGAAUUAGCAACAUUACAUAAAAGGAAAGGGGAACAUACACAGCAAAUAGUAGAUCUUAAUAAUAAAUUACAAGAAUUGACAAAAGAAUUUCACGCAAAGGAAGUUAGCCUUGCUGAAAGUAUGGAGCUCAAUGCUAGUUUACGUUUAGAAAUAACUAAAUGCCUUAGCAGAGAAAGAGAGCUAGAAAGUAUUAAUCAAAUGCUGAAGGACGAGCAUCAAGCAUUACAACUUGCUUUUGCAUCUUUAGAAGAAAAACUUAGGAAAGCACAGGAAGAAAAUCGUCAAUUAAUAGAACGCUUAAUUAAAUACAAGACUCGGGAUGCUGAAAAAGUGAAUGAAGAAAAUGAUAACUUUUUGAAAAAGAGGCAGGCAAAGGUGCAAAAGGAGCUGGAGGACGCAGCUCGCGACGCGCGACCCGUUAGUCCGGAUCGAUCGAGUUUAAAAGAAGGAAUCUCUGGUCUUCCUACCGCUGUACCAACAAAAGUGUCCGUUACGUUUAACGCACACGACGGGGAAGUUUAUGCUGUAAAGUGGUCUCCCGUCGAGAGGAUCCUCGCCACCGGUGGAGCUGACAGGAAGGUGAAGCUCUGGAGCAUUACAAAAGGUACUUCGGAGAGCAAAGGUAACCUCAUCGGCAGCAACGCUGGAGUGAUGUCCGUCGAUUUCGAUUCAACGGGAACGCUGAUCCUCGGGGCAUCCAACGACUACGCCAGCAGGGUGUGGACCGUCAACGAUCUACGUCUAAAGCCUUUAACGGUUGCUAUCAAAGCAAUGUAA